AUGUUUGCUCGUGUCUUCAAGGCUAUGCCCGCCAGGGCUUCAGCCUUCACAUCCGUGAAUGCUUCUCUUCAGGCUCGAUUCAUGGCCACUGUUCGUCAGCAGCGUGUUGCUCAUGAGCGUGCCACCUUCACGAUCCGAGAUGGUCCGAUCUUCCACGGCAAGUCCUUCGGAGCUCGCACCAACAUCUCCGGUGAAGCCGUCUUCACCACCUCUCUGGUCGGAUAUCCCGAGUCUCUGACCGAUCCUUCCUAUCGUGGUCAGAUCUUGGUUUUCACCCAGCCCUUGAUUGGCAACUACGGCGUCCCUUCUGCUGAGCGCGACCAGCACGGUCUUCUCAAGUAUUUCGAGUCCCCCAACCUCCAGGCUGCUGGUGUGGUUGUGGCCGAUGUGGCUGAGCAGUACAGCCACUGGACCGCCGUCGAGUCUCUCGGCGAGUGGUGUGCUCGUGAAGGCGUUCCUGCCAUCUCCGGUGUCGAUACUCGGGCUAUCGUCACCUAUCUGCGUGAGCAGGGUUCUUCCCUCGCUCGCAUCACCGUUGGCGAGGAGUACGACGCCGACCAAGACGAGGCUUUCACCGAUCCUGAGCAGAUCCACCUCGUCCGCCAGGUCAGCACCAAGGCUCCUUUCCACGUGAGCGCAGCCGAUCCUCAGUGCCACGUCGCUGUUCUCGACUGUGGCGUCAAGGAGAACAUUUUGCGUAGUCUGGUCAGCCGUGGCGCCAGCAUCACUGUGUUCCCCUUCGACUACCCCAUCCACAAGGUGGCCCACCACUUCGACGGUGUUUUCAUCUCCAACGGCCCCGGUGACCCAACUCACUGCCAGGAGACCACCUACCACCUUCGUCGCUUGAUGGAGACCUCCCAGGUGCCCAUCUUUGGUAUUUGCCUGGGCCACCAGUUGCUUGCUCUGGCCGCUGGUGCUCGCACCAUCAAGCUCAAGUAUGGUAACCGUGCUCAUAACAUCCCCGCUCUGGAUCUGAGCACUGGACGCUGCCACAUCACCAGUCAGAACCACGGUUACGCUGUAGAUGCGUCGACCCUGCCCUCUGACUGGAAGCCCUACUUUGUCAACCUGAACGACUCUAGCAACGAGGGUAUGAUCCACAAGUCUCGCCCCAUCUUCAGCACGCAGUUCCAUCCCGAAGCCAAGGGAGGUCCUCUGGACUCUUCUUACCUCUUCGAUAUCUACAUUGACAGUGUACGCAAGUACAAGGCCAGCCAGGCUGCCUUCCACCCCCAGCGGGACAGCCUCCCCAGCCCUCUGUUGGUUGAUCUGCUUGCCAAGGAGCGUGUUGGUGUGCAGCCCACUAUCGGCAUGCAGAACAUUGCUGCUGCUGCCACUGCCGCUGCCGCUGCCGCUGCCACUGCUGCUUAA